UAGAAACUCUCUCUCUUUCUCCGUGUGUGUGUGUGUGUGUGUGAGGAAGAAGAAAACUAACUAAACUGCAGGAAAGUGAUUGUGGGAGAAGGAGCCGGAGGAGCGGAGCUCUGAGAGGAGGACACCCGGCCUGUCAGUCACACCACACGGCAGAGGAAGCACGGAGGACUGCGUGUGUGGGACUCCGGGUUCAGGGCUCGAGCCAGAACGCGGCGCUCCGGUGCGGCGCUCCGGUGCGACGCUCCGGUGUGACGCUCCGUGUGUCGCCGCUGCUAAAGGCGGGAAGAACCGCGUCUUCACUGUCAUGUUUGUUCGCUUUGCUUUUUAAAGCUACCGGAGGGAGAGACGGAGAGGGGCGGGGCCGUGGACUCCCCACAAACUGGAUUAGUGAGCUCGAUUCAUCCACAGCGACGCAGCGGUUUUUUUCUGAUGGGGGGCGGAGGGGGUCGACGACAGGAGGCAACAACUGUGAUUUAGCAGCGUUUUUGUGGAAGUGCUGAGCAGCUGAACCGUGUGCUGCCUCCGGCUGCCCCCGCGCUCACUUCCGUCCUCCCGGAGCUUUUCACCGGGCUCGGGAAGCACAGUUUCUGGGGAGGUGUGUGUGUGUGUGUGUGUGUGAGCUGAAGAGGGGGGACGGGUUCUUCCCCUCCAGCCGAACUCGGACUUGGACUAUGGCGGACGACGACAGUCUGUUUGAAGACGUGUACGAGCUCUGCGAGGUCAUUGGCAAAGGUCCCUUCAGUGUGGUGAGACGAUGCAUCAACAGAGACAGUGGACAGCAGUUUGCUGUCAAAAUAGUGGACGUGGCCCAGUUCACCUCCAGUCCAGGUCUCAGCACAGAAGAUCUGAAGAGGGAGGCCAGUAUCUGCCACAUGCUCAAACACCCUCACAUCGUGGAGCUGCUGGAGCUCAGCUGA